AUGAAGACCUAUGAGAUCAACACAUCGUCGCGCCCUGGGCCUAUCACUACGAUCACCCGAGACGGUACAGUGGUUGCUUCGAUUGAAUGGUCCAAUGUCACUCGUACGAAGUCUAAAGUCAUGAUUGAAGGUCAUACGGGAAUACUAGAUAAAGCAUUUCCCAAGGCCGGGAAGCUGACCAGAUCUCGAAUAUACAAGACUACGGGCGGUAAGACUCUCAAAUGGAAGAUCAACGGAGGCGGACUUUCAUGCGCAGCUCCCGACACUGGGUUCAACCUGGCUUAUCACAAUGGUGUGGCUAUAAAUACUUUCAGCGCAAAUAAAUCUGCUUUGGAUAUAUUUGAUCAGGGGCUUGAUAUCCAGGAUGUACUUGUAGCAACCUGGGUUAUGAUGGAGGUCAUCGUCCGGGGCCGUAAUCCUGCUACUUACCUUGGUGAUAUGUUGGGUGAGGGGCCAUGUGGAGGGAGCAGCGGCGAUGGCCACCAAGAAGUCUCAGGUGCUGGGGGAGAUGGGGGAGAUGGAAGCGGAGGUGGUGACGGAGGUGGGGGCGGAGGAGGCGGGGAAUAG